AUGAGUGGUAUUUCUAUUGUUAGGUUAGGUCUGAAAAAGACUUCAUCAUCAUCAAUUUUUGUUAAUUCAGGCAAGAAUUUGUUGUGUCAAAAGAAUCAUCAAUUUACAUCAAGAAGACAAUAUGGAAUUCUUUCUAACAUCGCUUCUAAAGUAUUAACUAAUAUCAAAAUUCCUAAACUAGUCUCUACAGAAAAUAUUGAUUCAAUUAUUACAUCAUCCGAUAUGAUUAUUGAUGAAAGUGUCGCUAAAGGAACUCUUGCUCACCUCAUUCAAGAAACAAUUUUGAAGGACAGAGAAUUACAUAAUCAAUCAUCAGAUCCUAAUAGAACUUCUAAAACAAUUUCCCUUCAAGUCGAUGGAGAUUUGAAAUUAAUUGGUGAGGAAAUUCUUGAUAGUGUUAAAUCUGACCAUCCUGUACUUGAUGCUGCUGCCAAGUACUUUUUCAAUACACCUGGAAAACUCUUCAGACCAAUGUUGGUUUUAAUGACCGGUAGAGCUGUCAAUGAACAAACAGAAAUUUCAGAUUUGGAAACAAUCAUGAGAAAACAAAGAAAAUUAGCUGAAACAACAGAGCUUAUUCAUGUUGCUAGUUUAAUCCAUGAUGAUAUUGUAGAUGAUGCCGAUACAAGAAGAGGAAUUCCUGCCCUCAACAAAAAUGUUGGAAAUAAGGUUGCUGUUUUAGCUGGUGAUUUCCUUCUCGGCAGAGCUUCCAUAAAUUUGGCUAGAAUCGGAAAUAUUGAAUCUAUUGAUUUAAUUUCAACAGUUAUUGAACAUUUGGCUUAUGGCGAAGUUUUGCAAAUGGCCGGAAAAGGAAAAUUAGAUUUUGAUUAUUAUAUGAAAACCAUCUUCUUUAAAACUUCAUCUCUCAUUGCUAACAGUUGUAAGGCUUCAGCUGUUUUAAGUGGAUCAACAAACCGUGAACUAAUUGAUGCAGCAUAUACUUUCGGAAAACACGUAGGAAUUGCAUACCAAUUAACUGAUGACAGUCUCGAUUUCACACAAUCACAAAACGACCUAGGAAAACCAUCUCAAGGUGCUGACAUGAAAUUAGGUUUAACAACAUGUCCAAUUAUUUUCGCUGCUCAAGCUUUCCCAGAACAAAUGAAACCAAUAAUUGAUAGAAAAUUCUCAGGUGAAGGUGAUAUUGAAAUGGCUAGAAACUUUGUUAUUAAGAGUAACGCCGUUCAAUCCACUAAAGAUUUGGCUGAUACACACACGAGGAUGGCUUACGAUGCUGUUAUGAAGUUUAAACCUUCACCAGUUCGAUCUGUUUUACUUGAAUUACUUUACAAGAUUUCCUUGAGAAACAAGUAA